UCUAUGCUAUAAUGUUAUUAGUGAACAGACGCAGCGAAACAAGCUCUCGGCUCGGUGGUGAAGACACAACGUCCUAAAUUGAUCGAGGUCUCAAGCUGACACCAAUAUUAACUUUAAUCCCCUAAAUUUAUGUUGGGGGCGGAGGUGUAGACGGGCCAACCUAACUCGCUAGCUGAUUGGAAAGCACGUUGAAAGAACGAAUUCGAUAAUUUAACGGUAACGUUGGACUUAAUGGUAACGUUACCGUUAUAACUACACGGAUCAACAGAGCAAACAUCCACCAUGAGGUUGAAAACAUCGCUGCUACAGGAACCCAAACAUAAGGAACUUGUGAGUUGUGUUGGCUGGACCACAGCAGAUGAGCUGUACUCAUGCAGUGAGGACCACCAGAUACUCAAAUGGAAUCUGCUGACCAGUGAGACCAAUCUGGUUGUCAAAUUGCCAGAGGAAAUUUACCCCAUUGACCUACACUGGUUCCCCAAGAUCGUUGGUGGCAAGAAACAGAACCAGACUGAGAUCUUUGUCCUUACCAGCACUGAUGGGAAGUUCCACCUGACCUCCAAGAUAGGGCGCGUGGAGAAGAGUGUUGAAGCACACAAGGGAGCUGUUUUGGCUGGAAGAUGGAACUAUGAUGGGACUGCUCUUAUUACAGGUAAAGAUUACAGGGACAUACGGUACAUACAUACAUACAGACAUACAGGGAAAUAA